UCUUAGCAACCACUCGUGUGUAGCAUGUUUAGCUAGCAUCCGAGAACUACACAAGUAUUUUUGAUAUUUAUAAGUUGUCUUUCUUUAUUGCGGCGUUGCAUUGUAGUGACUACUUUGAGGAAAGUCAACUUUAGUGUCCAUGAAUAUUAAAUAGCAACUUAAAUAGCAAGUUAGGAUUGUGUUGUAGUUCACGCGAUGUUUAAGUGACGAUAUGCUUCACCGCCAGUGGUGCUGUUUACAUUUUAUUUUUUGUUUCUUGUUUGGGAUAUUGGCGCAAACAGACACAGAAUUUGGGACUACGCCAAACACUGCCUCCACCGUAACACAUGGGGAAACUGUCAGCUCAGCAACCACCCGCUCUUCUGGGGUCACGGAUGGAAUGGACUCCACCGGAACCACCGAGGGACCCCUUCCCCAAGAUCCCACGACUGCACUUAGUGUUACACCUGCGGUAACCACUGAUGUUUGCGUCUGUGAUUUUACUCCUAAUUUCUGUGACAUCGGAUGCUGUUGUGACACAGUCGACUGCGGCGUUGAUAACCUGACUAGUGUCUUCACUGGAUGUCCAGAAAAAGCCAAAUCAGGAGACUGCAUUGAGAAAUGGAUGAUGUUCCACAGCAAUGUAGAUCCCUCAUUUGUCACCGUGACUGACUCUUUAUUUUGUUUUCAUUCUGGAGACGACAAAGUUAAGGUCCUUGCUCCAGAUCAUCUUCCAGCUUUAGAGGACUCGUAUCACUUCUCACCACCAAAACCAACAAGCGUCGGCCACAGUCAACUUUUUUAUCGGGCUGAUGAUGUCAUUCAGACCUACUUCUCUGAUUCAUCUGUGCAAGGUCUCCUUCGGCAACCAUCUCCUGGAGUGACCUCAUUGUGUCUCAAUCGCAACCCUGCACGUUUCCUCAGGUCACAGUCUCUGUCUUGUACUCGCAUGGUAACCCGUCAGUCCUGCAGCAAAGACCCAAAUCUUAGCGCUCUCUCCUACUUCUCCAAUCUGAAACUGAGUAAAAUUCCACAACCUGCAAAGGAACAACAGUUGGAAUUGCUGAUUCCAGUCCUACCACUUUCUGCAUGGAAUGCACCAAGUGAGCAAAAGGACACUUGUGUUGAUGUGGCAAAGAAGGUGGAGUUCAUCAUAACAUACACAGACAGAGGAGAAUUGCAUAACGCGACAGUGAAUGUAGUUUUAGCUCCUGUUAAAAUCGACCAGUUAUUGCAGCAGGUUCACUCAAUACAAUUCAAGCCGGUGACACCCAACAAGUCUCCACAACAACCGAUCCCCUUAGUUGGACUACGUGUGGGAACCGGGGUUAUCGGUCGCUUUAAUGGAGCAGUGGAACCCGUGACCAUCAUGGGGACGUCUCAAGGUGACGUGUGUUCCGCCACACAGGAAACUAUCCUCUUUGCACAGAACACCAUCACAGGCUGCACAUUUAGUUCUUCUGCCACCGACUGCUCGGAGAUGCGUCACCAGAUUUACCAAAUUUUGCGAGGAACUGCCAUUCCUGAUGUAAUGGCCAUGAAUUCAGGCUCUGAGCCCGACUGGACAACAGUUCUCAAACAGGAGUGCCCCAUCAACUUGGAGGAAACAUGUGACUCAGGCUGCGUUCUUCCAUACCUCCUCUCUGUCCAAGUGUUGUGGGCUCGCAUGGGCCUCCUGCACCUUCCACAAAGUUACAUUCUGGGAGCUAAAUACAUUUUCCAGUGUCGCAAGUUCAAGUGUCCUCUCAUGUCACCUAUCACUCUAACUACUGAGGUGGCGUUUGCGGACAUGACAGUUUACCCCAAACCCUUCCAGGGCUUUGGAUCAACUUGACGGCAAUGUUGUUCAUCUGGACGGACUUUCAUGAAGCUCACGGUCAGGUUAGAUUUAGAGCCUGACUGAUGGUGGAUUUUUGGGGAUGGCGAUAUUGGGGGCAGAAAAGUUUGUAGUGUUCUUUGUCUUGCACAUGUUGCAUCCAACAUAAGGCCUCCACACCUUACUCUUGAAAUGAAUUACAUUUACUGCAUUUUGGUAAUUAGCCUUUGAUUUGAUACUAUAGUUCAGCAUAAAAAAAACAAAGUGGUUGCAUUCAUGUGAGGUUUGUGUUCAAAGAUCUUACAAAUAUGAAUUACAGUAAACCUCGGAUAUAUCUGAUUCAAUUGUUCCCACUGGUUUUGUCCGAUAUAAGCGAAAUCCGUUAUAUGCGUAUACCGGAAAAUGUCCGUUUUACGCAUAUAUCGGAUUUAUAUCCGGUAUAUGCGUAAAUCGAAUUUUAUCCGUUAUAAAAAGGCACUUCCUUGACUAUGUUUCCAAUGUACCUGGACUGGGCAAUGAAAAGAGACGUAAGGUAAUGAGAAUUUAACUUUAUUGGACUCUGAGCAUAACAAAUUGUUAAUUAAGCUAGGCCCUGUUACGCCCGUCAGGCCUACGUUAUUUCCAAUAGUGAGGUUAAGAUCUCAUUCACUGCUGUGCUAGUAUUAUUGACGUCACUCACUUUUAUAUUUGUCCUAAAUCUGGAGCCAGGAGAAAGACAAUAGCCAGUGACAUCAACAAGAUUAGCAUAACGAUGCGGCCAUCCAAUAUAUGCGAGGGAAAUUUAAUGGAAAUGCAUUGGAACGGGACUGGAGAUUUUGUCCGAAAUAGGCGAAAUUCCGUUAUAAAAAAUCCGAUAUAUGCAAUGAAUUUUUAUUGGAAAUGCAUUACAGAAAAAUCGGUUCUUUUUUAUCUGUCCGUUGUGAGCGAAUUUCCGAUAUAUCCGAGUCCGAUAUAUCCGAGGUUUACUGUACUAUGAAUUUACAAGCCUUUGAAAAGUUCUCAAAAACAGCUAAAAAAAAAACUGUCUAGAAAAAAAACACAUUAGAUUUAUUUGUCUGGUAUUGAAAUAUGUCAAUUUAUUUGUGUACAUUUUUAGUAAAUGAAUCUCAGGUGAUUUUCUCCACUCCCUUUGUUCGGUUUAGCUCCUCUGCAUACUUUUCUGCUUCCUCUCAGAGUGUCGAACAUAGUUGAAGAGGUGGACAAUUGCAGCCGGAGUCAUUCCUUGCAAACGUGUAGCAGCACCCAACUGGGAAUCACAGUGCGCUCUUUUUAAUGUAUGAUACAAAAUAAAACAUUUAAAGACAAAAUGUCCUCCCCCCUCCCUCCCCUGAGUGAGGACUCACUGUGCUGGGUCGAACUCUGUCCAAGAUCUCUCGGACUUCCUGAGAGAGUGACACUGGCAGUGCAAAGUAGUCUAAGUCCUGUGGGAGAGACAUGCUCUCUUCCUUUUGGAUUCUCUCCAUUUCCUUUUGCUGGAGGACACAGUGAGGCCUGUACACAGCUGAGGGACAGGGGACAUUAGGAACAUUAGGAGGUCCAGAUCAAAAAAGUAUUUGCCAGUAUUGCUAUUGUCUUGAUUCAUCAUUAUUAUGGUAUUUCCACUAGUUAUUUUCUUUAUGCUUCUGAUAUGGCUAAUAUGAUUGUACAGAUUAAGGGCUAUAGUGUCACCUGUUACUCUGGCAAAAUGUGGACAUCAUUGUUGGAGAUAGAUGUGAAGGUAUUUACUAUCUGCAUCCUAACACCAUUGCUCUCUAUUGUGGUGUUACGUAUUUAAGGCUGCAGCAGCAGGAUGUUGUCAUUGUCAAAAGCAUUGCAUAGCCAACGGAUUAUUCGGGCUUGUCACCUUCUAUCUUCAGCCUUUGUGCAAAUUCCCUGUACGCUGAAAGGCAUUCUGGGAAGGCGGCUGCCAACAUUUCAAAGGACACAUCGUUGUACUGUAACAGCUCCAAGCCACUGAAGGAGAAACCAUAUACUUGAGGAUUUAAAACUUAAAGAGCGCUUUUAUGGGGUUCUAUGUAACUUGCGUCUGAAUGCCGGUCUUUGUCUCGCUGAUGUGCACAUGAGGCAGCUUGUGUCUCCAGUUUGUGGUGGAUAGAGCGACAUCCUGAAGAGCCGCUAGUGCUUCAUUGAGACUGUCCCGCAUUUGUACAGCCUCCUUGUAGCGCACGGACGACACACAUCCCACUUCUUCAAACCCUACAAAUAAGAGACAGGAAGACAAAGAUGCAUUUAUGAUUUUAUAGAGAGAAGAUAACAAUAAAGAUGUUUACCUUUCAGUGUUAGGCGGAGGUCUGCAUUGUCUGGCCUCAGUGAAGUACGAAACUCAGCACGACUGGUGAACAUCCGGUAAGGUUCCGUGACACCUCGUGUCACCAGGUCAUCGAUAAGAACUCCGAUGUAGCUCUCAGUUCGAGACAGUGCCAUUGUGGGCAUGGAGAGUGCCACGCGAGCGGCGUUGACGCCCGCCCACAAACCCUGCAUAGACAAAGUCUUAAUAUGGAAACAAAUGUGUCAAAUUGUUAAACUUAUCUUACCUGUGCUGCAGCCUCCUCAUACCCGGUGGUCCCAUUAAUCUGCCCGGCUAGAAACAAACCUUGUGUGCUUUUCACCUGCAGCGCAGGGCUUAGCUGAGUCGGGCACACAAAGUCAUACUGCACGCCAUAACCUGCAUGGAUCCAACAUCAUAAAAUCCCAUCUCAAACUACAUAACAAUUUUAAUCUCCUUGAUAAGUCGUACCAGGUGUCUGGAUUUCAGCUCUGUGCAAGGCUGGGAUCUCUCUGAUGAGGCGGAGUUGCAUGUCAGGGGGCAUAGUCAUAGACAGACCUUGAGGGUAUAUGAGGUCAGAGGUCAUGCCUUCAGGCUCUAGCCACACUUGAUGUUUGCGGCCUGGAAAUCGGAGUACUCGGGCCUCGAUUGAGGGACAGUACCUGAAAAGAUAAGGACAUCUUAUUAUAGUAGCGCACAAAAUAAUUACACCCCUCAGAUUUCAGCAAUCAUCAGUUUCAUUUCUAGUUAGUCCCUUGAGAAGAAUAAAUAAAGAACAAAGGGAGUGGAGAAAAUCACCUGAGAUUCAUUUACUAAAAAUGUACACAAAUAAAUUUACAUAUUUCAUUAAUUCAUUCAUUUUCUACCGCUUUUCCUCACAAGGGUCGCGGGGGUGCUGGAGCCUAUUCCAGCUGUCUUCGGCCGUGAGGCGGGGUUCACUCUGGACUGGUGGCCAGCCAAUCACAGGGCACAUAUAGACAAACAACCAUUCACACUCACAUUCAUACCUAUGGACAAUUUGGAGUCGCCAAUUAACCUAGCAUGUUUUUGGAAUGUGGGAGGAAACCGGAGUACCCGGAGAAAACCCGGCCAGAAAUGGCCCGAGGGUGGAAUCAAACUCAGGUCUUCUAGCUGUGUGGCCUACGCGCUAACCACUCAGUCCAUAAUACAGUCAUUAAGUUUCAGAAAUUCAUAAAUUAAUUAAUUGAUCGCCGUCUUGUGGUUGACUAUAGCCUAUUAUUAUUAUUCAUUCAUUCAUUUUCUACCGCUUUGUCCUCACGAGGGUCGCGGGGGUGCUGGAGCCUAUCCCAGCUGUCUUCGGGCGAGAGGCGGGGUACACCCUGGACUGGUCGCCAGCCAAUCGCAGGGCACAUAUAGACAAACAACCAUUCACACUCACAUUCAUACCUAUGGACAAUUUGGAGUCACCAAUUAACCUAGCAUGUUUUUGGAAUGUGGGAGGAAACCGGAGAAAACCCACGCAUGCACGGGGAGAACAUGCAAACAGAGAUGC